AUCUAGGCGUUAUGGCUGUGGCUGGUGAGGCUGCGUGAGACAGUGGUGCUUGGCAUCUGAUUCCUUGCGUGUGCGGUCUGCUGGCAUCGGAUAAUCGCAGCGGCCUACGCCAGGAGCACAACGAGGCGGUGAGCGGCCCGACGCGCUUUUCCGCUAUUUUGCUAGGUGGUCGGCGAGACCGUCGGCAACCCACAGACAACGAAUAUGGAUCCAGAGCGGACACCGCAUCCACUCGACGAUUGACAGGUUUGGUAGCAAGGAUCCUGGCGUCACCACCUGAGGAACAGGACGAUGCUUUGGGGGCCUCAGCGAGAGGCGCUCGGUCCCGCCAACCCACUGGGUCGCCACCGCCUGUGCCGCUGGCACGAGCCGAGAGUUCACGAAGCGCUGUCCGCCCCGAUUUUGGAACUGGCUCCGGUUCAGUCACAUAUGAGGGCUUUGGUACAGCUCGGCCUCCUCCGCCGCAGGUGGGGGUGCGCGCGCUUUCGGGAGUGGGAACAUUGGGCCGUCCUCGGGCCCAGUCUUGUCAUGCGUGCCAAAGACGAGAGAUGAUUUCGACAACUGCGUUGCGGUUGUUCUUGUCAGCGGCGGCCGAGGCACAGGCGGUACGGGAAGAGAUGUCACGUCUGAUUUUCGACGAGAACAUGUCACUGGGAAACCAGUCAUUUGACACAGCGUCUGCCGCAGGCGUGUCGGCCCGGCUGCGGGACCUGCAUGAACAGGUGCAUCAGCUGGAUAACACUCUGCGAGACUACGGCAUGCAGAGGCGGGUGCAAUUCCGCAAUGCACGAUUUGACCAAGUCCGCCAGAACUCAUUUGAUGACAUGCGUGUCGUACGGAGGCUACAGCGACUCUUCGCGGUACACUGGCCUGCAGCUCCCCGCUUUGGUCCUCUGGCGGCCCAAGGAGUGGCGGCUCCAGGGCAAGCUCCGCCUCCGCAAGGCCCAGGCCCGCCUAUCCCAGGCGUGGACCCGCCGCAGGUAGUCCCAGGCCACCUUGCCCAGGGUCCGGGUGCAGGCCCACCUCAGCUAGGCCCAGGCGCGGCUGCCGCGGGCCAAGGCCCACCUCUCCCGGGGCAAGGCCCCCCUUUCCCAGCGCAAGGCCCACAUCCUCCACGAGGGCACCCUCCGGGACCUCCACAGCCUGGACAGAACGUCUUUGGAUUGCGUCCGCCUAGGAGCCCGGGUAGCUUCAACAGGUGACCGUGGUCGUUGUCUGCAAGCGGACUACGGCUCUCUUGGGGGGUGCUCGAAUGAGGCUUUGGAGGGGGGAGCAAGCAGACAGGAAGUAGGCAGGGUGUGUUUUCCCGAGAUUCGUUGCUUGUCGGAGUCGAGGGCAAUCCAGGAUCGUGGAAACCUUCCGUUGGCCACGCAUGUCGCAGUCUGUCUAUGUGUAGUGGAACCGCGUGGAAUUGGGUUUCGGUAUCCCGGCGCCUCUCGCAGUGACAACAUCGAGGCAUCUGCGCGAAGCUAGGGACGUCAUGAGAAGGUGCUAUGCUGGGAGGAGAGCGGCCAGAGUUCUCGGCAGGAAAUAUGCUAUGGCUUUUCAAAAUUCUUCCCUCGAGGAGGUCGUAGCAAACAGGCACCAUGUCAUUGUUCUGGACAAAUUCGACACGCAUCCCAAUCAGCUGUGCGCUGACGAAUCGCAGUUACCGGUGGGGAUUGCGUUCAAAGGUGUUGAAUCCCGCCUUGAUGGUC